AGACGUAAUCAUUUGCAUGCAGUGAAAUCAGUCAACACAGAUUUCUAUAUAAUUAUAUAAUAUCAUAGAACAAUAAUAAUAAUAUAUAUAUUACAAUUUAUAGUACAAAAAUCUGCGAUUGUCUGUGUUUAUACGAAAAUGGUAGUCAGUAGUGUUACUGGAAAAAAAAAUCAAAUUUUUCAGUUUCAUUGAGCGCAGCCCUUGCAAAAUAUGUCUUUCAACUCGACUCAUCAUCUUCGCAUCGUACCGUUUUUGGAUUCAAUAGUAUGAAAACUCUAAGCUGUGGCCCAGACUUAACGCCAUCAGUUGUUUGACAGCAAAUUUUUGGAUCAAAAAUGUUUUGCUGCAAUAGCUUUAGGAAGCUGUGUGUUCAAACGCGUAGUUUGCACGUGCAGCCGUAUGGAAAGUAUAAGCGAUAUUCGUACACCUGUCUCAUGCCCACAGCAGCCCAUCGGUACCGGUCUCCACUUGUGGUCAACAAUAGAAUUAGCCAUCUGCAAUCAUGCAAAAAGUAUUUCAGUGUUUCACCUGUCAACCGCCUUCCAUUGCCUCCAAUUGCAGCAAUAAUGUUGCGCCCAGUUGCCAAGUUUUUUGCUAUGAUGUUAGGCAUACGUAUACGCCGCUGGUGGACAAAGCUGAGUGCAAAAGAGAAACAACAGUUCUGGUUCAACGUACACAAACGCCGCAAGCAAAUAACUGCUGCCAUAGCUACUGUUAUUGGUUUAUUUCUUGUAUACUGUGCUACUCACAUGGAGUUUGACCCAAUAACUGGUAAACGUCGGUUAAUUCUUUUCACACAUGAACAAAUGGUAGAGCUAGCAAAUUCAAUUGCUAAAGAAUUGUUAAGUGAAAACCAACAAGCUGUGUUAAAUACUUCACAUCCACUUUACAAGCGAGCUCUGUCCAUAGCAAUGCUGGUAAUCAACGCCAAUAAGCCAUUUGACCGCUUGCAAAAUCGAAAAUGGUCUCUGGUAGUUGUCAAUGAUCCAAGAAUUAACGCUAUGGUUUUGCCAAACGGUAUGAUAAUAGUCUUUACAGGGUUACUAUAUGCAGCUAAUGACCAGCAAGUAGGUGUAGUCUUGUCGCACGAAAUUGCGCAUUGUUUUCUUGAUCAUCAUGCAGUGCGUUUGAGUCGAGAACAUUUACUUGAAGUGCUUUGGCUUCUACCACUGACCAUAAUGUGGGCUGUGUUUCCAAUGCCAGAAGCUAUUUUAGGUUAUGUAUUCGGUCAUUAUUUUAAAAGCAUAGCCAUGUUAUUGCCCUAUGAACGUGAUCAAGAAAUUGAAGCUGACAAAUAUGGCUUGAUGCUAGCCGCCAAUGCGUGUAUUGAUGUUCGUCAAGCUCCAAUUUUCUGGAAGCGAAUGGAAAAGCUUGAUCCAAAUAAUAAUGAAACAUGGUGGUUAUCCACUCAUCCAACUCACAGGAAACGUGUCAAAUAUAUUGAAGACCUUUUGCCAUAUGCGUUACAAUUAAGACAACAAAAUGGAUGUCCGUCCUUAGAUAGAAGUUACUGGUCAAGAUUCUCAUUGUUUUAACAAUUUUGAAUUGUAGUCCAAAAAUUAUAAAUUGCUUAUAUUAUAA